AUGCAUGAUGGGUAUUUAUUUAAAGGCAAUUUGUUGUGUAUUCCCAAGGGAUCAUUACGUGAACAAAUCAUUAGGGAGCUUCAUGGUAAUGGAUUAGGAGGACAUUUUAGAAGGGAUAAAACAUUGGCUAUGGUGACUGAUCGUUAUUAUUGGCCUGGAAUGUAUAAGGAUGUUGAUAGAUUGGUCCGUAAGUGUCAAAUUUGUCAGUUUGGCAAAAGAAGUUCACAAAAUACAGGUUUAUACACGCCCUUACCAGUUGCAGAAGCCCCUUGCGUUCAUAUUAGUAUGGAAUUUGUGUUAGGACUUCCAAAAACAGCAAGAGGAUAUGAUAGUCUUUUUGUCGUGGUAGAUCACUUUUCCAAGUUGGCACAUUUCAUUCCAUGUGCUAGAACAGCAGAUGCCACACAUAUAGCUAAUUUAUUCUUCAAAGAAGUGGUGAGACUACAUGGUGUGCCAACAUCUAUUGUUUCGAAUAUGGAUGUCAAGUUUACUGGGCAUUUUUGGAGGACUCUUUGGAGGAAGUUUGGAACUGAUCUAAAGUAUUCUAGCACUUGUUAUCCGCAAACAGAUGGUCAAAAAAAAUUAGUAAAUAGAAGUCUGGGUAAUAUGCUAAGGUGCCUUGUUGGAAGCAAUGUCAAGACAUGGGAUUUGAUUAUUCCACAAGCUGAAUUUGCAUACAACAAUUCCGUGAAUCGAUCAACAAAGAAGACGUCAUUUGAAGCUGCUUAUGGACUUAAACCUCAACAUGUUCUUUACUUGGUUCCACUUCCCCAAGGGAUGAGGGUGAGUAAUGAAGGAGAAGGUUUUGCAAAUCACAUGAAAAGAGUGCAUGAAGAAGUAAAAGCAGCUAUAAAGGUUAGUAAUGAGUCGUAUGCAGCCGCUGCAAAUCAACACCGGAGAAUCAAAGAUUUCGAAGAAGGUGAUAUGGUUUGGGUGCAUUUGAGACGAGAUAGAUUUCCUAAAGGCACAUACUGUUUAUACCAAAAUGAACAGCCAAUGAAUAUCAGACACGUGGACUAA